AUGACUAUCAUGAAAUCUCUUUCUUCCAUGGGCAACGUUUCUGCCACUUCAAUGUCCAAGAGUGCCAUUGUUGGUAACUUUGGAAAAUCAACCAGUCAGGGAUCAAACGGAGUAGCAUGCGGUGGAUGUGGAGGAGGAAUCAACCUCGACCUCGAUGUUGAUCUGGAUGUCAACUUGAACCUUGGUGGACUUUUGGGAGGUGUCCUUGGUGUUGUUGGUGGUCUCCUGGGAGGUGGAUGCCAUUCAUGC